AUGGACAUUUUGGACCAGCCAUGGCGAACCCCCGUUGUGUUCUUCGACAUCGCCGUUGAUGGCAAGCCCUUGGGCCGCAUCUCCUUCGAGCUGUUUGCAGACAAAGUUCCAAGGACAGCAGAAAACUUUCGUGCUCUGAGCACUGGGGAGAAAGGAUUUGGUUAUAAAGGUUCCUGCUUUCACAGAAUUAUUCCAGGAUUUAUGUGCCAGGGUGGUGACUUCACACGCCACAGUGGCACAGGUGGCAAGUCCAUCUAUGGGGAAAAAUUUGAAGAUGAGAAUUUCCUCCUGAAGCAUACGAGUCCUGGCAUCUUGUCCAUGGCAAAUGCAGGACCUAACACAAACGGCUCCCAGUUUUUCAUCUGUACUGCCAAGACAGACUGGUUGGAUGGCAAGCAUGUAGUCUUCGGCCAGGUGAAAGAAGGCAUGGAUAUUGUGAAGACCAUGGAGGGCUUGGGGUCCAAGAAUGGCAAGCCCAGCAAGAAGGUCACCAUUGCUGACUGUGGACAACUCUAAUCAAUUUGACUUGUGUUUUAUCUUAACUACCAAACCAUUCCUU